UGGGGGACGGGCGGGGCCGGUUGCCGUGGCAACGCGGGGCUGUUUACCGGCGGGGCUGGGCGCGGGCUGCCGGAUGGAGCGGGGCGGAGACAUUGUUUAAUUUACUGAUCAUUUCCAUUUCACUGAGACAAGAGAGGAAGGCGAAGAAACAAGGUGUUAAAUAACACAUCACUGGCAAAAGGCCCAGGAGCAUCUGGUUUUCCAACUCUUGUUAAUUUGAUGAAUACGGUGGAACAUGAAUGUUGGCAUCCCCCUUGGAGUAACAGACGGUUUAUGCACUUGAGGAGGCAUUGGAUUAUGAAGGUGUCUUGAGAAGCAAUGGCCACAGUAGCACCUCUGAACAUAGCACCAUCUGAAUGCAACACCACUUUGGGCACUGCAGAAGCUUUCAUUUGGCGGUCAAACACCAUCAACAUGCAUGUUACCCGGCCGAAAUCUGCCAAGGGACGUACAAGAUCAAGCUUGAAUUACUCCCAUAGCGUGGAGGCCUAUUCUUAUAGAGUGCCAUCCUCCCCUCAGCCAGCAGCUCCCUAUGAAGCAGCAAGCAAUCAAAGAGCAUCAUCUACCAAACAAUCUUACCAGCCUGGGCAGGUGUCUCCUGAUGAAAUCCCAGAGCUCCUCCAACAAGUGCCCUUGAGGACCUCCUCUUCCCUAAAUAAGUACAGAGUGCUCCCGUCCAUCAGCAGGAAGGGCUUGGGGAAGAGUGCUGUGGAAACAGUGAUUGAACAGACCAACAAACUGAAAAUGAGUAGUAGACAGGAGGAGGAGCAACCAUCCAAAGCUCUUCCUGGAGAGGGAAAAUCCACUGGUAUGACAGAGAAAGAAGGGGCUAGAGGGGAAUACUCAAAAGUCCAACCUCCCAUUUCUGAGAAGAAGCUCUUAAGGAAAACAAGAGAAGAAAGCUGUUCAUCAUCAAUUUUAAACUUGGAGGAGCCACUGAAGAAAGAACCAAGACUGCUGCUUGCCGUUAGGUCUCCUUCUGGUCAAAGAUUUGAACAUCACUUCAGGCCUACAGACAGCCUUCAGACGGUCCUUGCUGUGGCAGAACAAAAGCACACAACCAAAUACAAACACUGUCGUGUUGAAACAAUGGAAGUGCCUAGGAGGAGCUUUCCUGACCUUACAAAGUCCCUGCAAGAGUGCGGGAUCCCACACAAGUCAGUGUUGUGCAUCCUCCAGGAAGUGCAAGAUGGAGAUCUCUAAAUGUACAGUGAUCUUACACAACUUCCGUCACCCCUUAGCAUGUAACUCUAUUGGAUGCCAUGGACUUCCCUUUGAUGAGUGGUCUAGGAACUGAACCAGCCUGAUCUGUUUCAGUGGUCUACUUCUUAGUCCCGCUGUCUUCCAAGCGCUUCCCUUGAAGAAGAUUUGUAUAUAAAUGGAGUGUGCUGAAAUACUUAUUUUAAAGUGUAUGUACACACCACAUUAAGAGUAUCUAUUUUUUCCAUGUGUACAAUCACAAAUCACUUUAAGAAUGGGCACCAGCUUCUUGGGCUUCGUAGUAUUUCUAAAUGGUUUUUAGAAGAGUUUCUAUUCCUCUGGGAAGACCCACUUUGCUGAUGCCCUCUCUUCUGGUGGUGGGAGGCCUGUCUUGUCUUCUCUGUUUUUGCUCCAGGAAUGCACCACUUCCCCAAAUGAAGUCUGAGUCAGGAUAAUACAUGGAGCUGGGAAGAUACAAGCAGCACUAUUUUUAUUCCUAUUUUGAUUCCUUAAAGCUAUAUGAGUGAUCUUCAUAAUAAAGUAGCUUGUUGGCUGCAAGAACAGUUACAAUGGUCAAUACACAGAAAAUGGUCUCAAAGCAGUAACGCAAACAGUUGGUAAGAGUAAAUAUGUUGCUGGGAUGUGUUAAAAGUACAAGGUCAAGUACAUUCAAGAAUCAAACCAUUCCCGUAUAAUCUCAGUGUUUUGAGUAUGCCUGCUUUGUCUUCUCAUAAAAGGAAAGUCAUGGUUAAGGUGGUCUGAUUCCUCUAUGGAUACAAAGAGGACUUUUUUUUUUUUUAAACUCAUUAGCUUUCUUUCUUCAGCGAGUGUGUAAGAUUGUGAUGCCCACCUGUUAAUCAGGAAAUCCAGAGCUAAGGUGGAUUGUCUGCUGUAACUUGGAAUUUCAGUGCUGUUUGCUACUGCAAUUUAAUGUUCUUUUAAAUUAAACUGCAUUAAGUUGAGCGAU